AUGUCCAGAGGAAACCCAGCACAGCUGCUCCAGGCUGCCGCUCUGGGCUCCGGCUGGGAUAAGCAGCGUUUAGAGGAGGUCAUCUGUGGAGCAGGUGCUGCGCCGCCGCUCCGGCCGCCCGUCCGCUCCGCUGAUGCGCCUCAGCGUCUGAGCUCUUCCGCAUGGCUGGCCCAGCCCUACCUGCGCGUCUGCAUGCUUUCGGUUCCUGUUCUGACGCCUUCGGCUCCUUCUGACCUCCUCAUGGCCAGCGGAGCGGCGGACCAGGCUCCGGCCUCUCUGAGGGACGUUCUGGACGCCUAUGUGAGCUCCUGCGGCUCCCAGGUGCGGACUGCGGGCAGGUGGGGGGUCUGUGCGGACAGGCAGGUGGUCGCAGGAGCUCGGGGGCUACUACUGAGAGAGGGGGCAGAGAGCAGCUUCUCCCUGCUGCCCUUUUACCCCAUCGUGACCCAGUGCCUCCAGUACGGAGCUCCUCACUGUCAGCAGAGCAUCUCGCUCCUCAUGAAGGCCACCGAGCUUCUGGAAACGCUCUGCGUCAACCUGUUCCUGUUUCCCUGGAAGAAGGAGAUCCGGACGCUGAAGAAAUUCACGGGUCACUUUGUCUACUACAUUGAACCUGGACUCCCAAACCAAGCCAUCCAGAGCAUCCUCCGGAGUAUCGGCUACCGCCUGGAGACGGACGCCGAGUACAUGCUGGCGGAUGAUGCUGAUCCAGACGUGGCUAAGAGAAUGGGCUUUGAGCUUUUUCUCGCCAGGUUACAAUGUGAGCAUCUUCUGGAGGCCAUGGGUCAAAAGUCUCACGCUGAAUGUUUGGAAAUCGUCCACAAUAGAGCUGCUCCUCUUAAUGUUCUGGGCGGUUCUGGGAGCGUCGCUGAGGAACAGCAUGAGAGUGAUGCCGGUUAUGUGAGGGAGGAGGUUCUGGAGGACGACAGGCCUCUUCAUUUAGGCCCUAAAUCAAGUCCGGUGCCGACAGAGGACCUUGAAUGCCUUCAAAGCCUCAGACCUUCAAACCUGGAGGUCCAGGAGAUCCAGGUCCAGGAAAACACAAAUACCGAAGAGGGAAGGUCCUCCAGGUCCUUCAUGAGUGAAGACCGGUCCAUUCUGGAGAUGCAGGAGAAUUAUCCAGACUUGGCAUUCCGCCAAAAGCCCAUUUUCAGGAAAUCUCAAAAAUCAGCCCAGUCUCCAAAGAGUAAAGACCACCUUGGGUGCAGAGAAGCUACAUCAGCUCAUCUACAUGCAGUAGAUAUUGACCUGAGCGGCCCACAGUCCAUCGCUUUGCACACAGAAUCUACCGCUGCUCACAGGAAACUACAAAUCCCAGAGCAACUAGAGCCCACAGAGCCUCGGACCACGGAGGAAAAGCAGCCCUUUGUGCUUCGUGUAGGAAAAGUGUUACAGAGUCCAGUCUUCAGCUCGGACGCCUCGCCGGACGACGGGCUGGUGUCGGAGCUGGCGGAGAGGAUGUGUAAGCUGCAGAUGAAGGAGUUCAGCGCCGACGAGCCUCUAAAAUACCCCAUAGAGGAGACGGCGCAGGCCCAGCAGUGCCCGGGGUGCACAGAGUUUAUCCCGGUCUCCCCCCUGUGCCCCCCCGAGGAGAACAGCCCGCCGGUUUUGUGCCGGCCGUCCCAGCAGCCCGUGUGCAGCAUCGCCGGCUGCGGAAGCUGCUCGGGUUCUGCUGCUGAGCUCCAGCCGAGCGACCCCAUUAAAGAGCCUCCGCACUCCUUCUAUAUCCCAAACUGUCUGAGCAGCUGUAGCGCCGCACUGGCGGCCCCUGCAGGCCGCGAUCAGAACUGCAGCGAAGCCUCCAGCCUGCAGCUCCACAGGAGCCCAGCGCAGCAGCCUGAGGACGACCUGGUACAAACCUUCGUUGUGCUCUGAGACUCUGCGACGGCUGCGCUCGUGCACGACACCUGCUUACGUUCAUUAAAGCGAUAGUUCAGCCAAAAGACGUUUACCACUUUCCCCCAACUUGCGCCAAAGGUAGUCGGUCAGCCAAGAUAUGCUUGCUAAAGUCUGACGUCUGCUUUCGUUUUAGCGCUGGAGCUAUGAGGCUAAUGUACACGCUUGUCCAUCACGGUUCUUCAGUGAAGAAAAUGGUUCUGUAUAGAACCACGAAUGCUCAAAGAAGCUUUUGCGUGAUUAAGGGGUGCUUUGCAUAGUUAGAUUGAUGGAGAAUGUGUUUUAUGGCUCUAAAUGGCACCAAAAAGGGUUCUUCUGUUGUUAGAGGCUUGAUGUCGUAACCGUAGAAGAACCCUUUUUGAAAAGGUCCAUCCACAGCACCUUCUCCAUCAGUCUGAUGCUAAGGGUUCUUUGAGUGUUCAUGGUUCUGUGCAGAGCCGUUGUCUUUACUAAAGAACCUUUGAAGAACCUUCUUUUUAACAUUAACAUUAUAUAUAUUGAUGGAGAGCGCAUGCUGAUGUUUGAAGUCUUUAGCCACUGAAACAAGGUUCCUCUCGUAGCGCGAAGCCCCGCAGAGCCUGUAUCUGAGUAGCCGCAGUAUACCGGCGUACGAAUGAUGUCCUGUGGCUGAUAAAUGGGCGAUGUACCAAAGUUCUCCGCAUUCCAACUCCUAGGGGGCUCCUAAUCGUGGGUGGCGCUUACCUAAGCAGCCCCCUCACCAAUCACAAGGCUGAUGUGGGUUGCCCCGCCCACAUGGCGUUAACAUAACUAUGUUCUCUCUGUGUUUGGGUCUUACCCUGCGUUCACACCGGCAGCGAUGCGGCGCGAGAAAGCCGUCGCAGGUCAAUCGUCUUCAGAGAGCGGACAAUUUCCGGACACGGGAGGCGGCGCAGACGUUGGCAGAGAGAAGUGGGCGGAGUUGGCGACAUGACAGAGUUGAGCAGAGUUUUAGUUUAUGCAAAUUAGGAGCGAAGCGAUGUGGCGAUUACCAAUAGGAAUUGGGCGCUGAGCAGCGUAGUACACGCCGUAUCUCCGUGUGAGCGUAGGGUUAGAGUGAAAGCUAACCACCAAGCGAAAGCUGACCUAGCAGCAUAACUGAGCAAACAAGCAAGCUCUUGGUAAGGCGUGGGAACGACAAUCGUGGCUUAAGUCGUGGCCACACGUUAGGAUCCUGUUACCACGUGUUAAUAAGGCAUGGCUGCAGCUUAAUUAUCUCGUUCCCAUGCCUUGCUAAGUUGUGGCCACGCAUUAUUUUUAUGUCUGCAGGACGUCACCAGCAGGGCUCCGUAAUUUUCAAACCGCAAGACCUGCAUUUUUUCUUUUUUAAAGUUACACCUUACAAGCACAAAAAAACCUCUAAUAACUUGCUGAUGUCUCGGUAGCUAUCUGGCUAACUCUCCCGUUCCACCUUAAAUAGUCCAGCAGUUCUGACAC